AAAUGUAAAGUAGUUCAAAUGUUUCGCCGUAUGUUUUGACAUUUCCGCUGUCAAAAUAUAACGUUUUGAAGCAUAUUCUUGUGUUUUUCUUUAAUUUUAAAGCCCCAAAAUGUCCGAACGGAAAGUUUUAAACAAAUACUACCCCCCGGAUUUUGAUCCUUCGAAAAUACCCCGCAUGAAAUUGCCGAAAAACAGGCAAUAUACAGUGCGUUUGAUGGCCCCUUUCAACAUGAAAUGUGCAACUUGUGGGGAGUAUAUUUAUAAGGGUAAAAAAUUUAACGCGCGUAAAGAAGACGUGGAAAAUGAAGAUUAUUUGGGUAUAAGAAUUUAUCGAUUCUACAUAAAGUGUACAAGAUGUUUACAAGAAAUAUCAUUCAAAACGGACCCUAGAAACACAGAUUACGAAAUUGAGGCAGGGGCAACAAGAAAUUUUAUGGCGUUGAAGCUAGCAGAAGAGCAAGCUGUGAGAGAAGAAGAAGAAGCAAAGGAAGAGGAGGCUUCCAACCCAAUGAAAUUGCUUGAAAAUCGUACAAAACAAUCCAAAAAUGAGAUAGAGUUAUUAGAAUCUCUGGAGGAGUUAAAAGAUUUAAAUAAACGACAACAGGUUGUUGAUUAUGAUACGAUGUUGUUGGCUUAUGACAAUACAAUGUCUGAAAGAGAGAGGGAGGAGAAACUGAAGCAAAUGGACGAGGACUACAUAAAGUCAAUAAAGUUUAAAAGCAGUGAAAAACGUAAAUUGGUGGUGGAAGAGGAGGUAAUAGAUGAAAACAACGACGAAAAAACAAGUAUACAGAGUGUUCCAGCAACAUCAACUAGUUCCCAGUGGUCAAAACCUAAAGUGACGGCAAAUGUGGCAAAAAAGAACAUUUUGGGGGGCUUGGUAAAGGUUAAAAAGGUUUCAGAGAGUAAUGUAGAAACUAAUAGUAAAAAUAAUAAAAUUCCUGAAAAACCUGUUGUUAAUUCAGGGUUAAGUUUGUUAGGGAACUAUUCUGAUAGUGACAGCAAUAGUGAGUAGUUUUUGUAAAUAAAAGACGAUUUUUUAAUACAA